AUAAGAUGCAUCUCUUCAUAUGUAUGCAAAUAGGGGUUAUUUGGAUAGCGACAAAGAUGACAUGUACGAAGACGAAGAAGCACCGAAAGUUUGACAAAGAAACCUUGUUGACCUCUUAUAACGCGAUAGGUCGGUCUGUGGUCAACUAUGCGGCUCCAGUGUGGUCUGCGAAUACUAGUGCUACGCAGUGGAAGAAUAUCCAGACCUGCCAGAACGCUGCCCUGAGAACUGCGACAGGGUGCCUCCUCAUGACACCAGUGGACCAUCUACAUGAGGAGGCGAAAGUCCUUCCCUUACGUCAGCAUAAUCAUAUGCUUUCGUUGCAGUACCUGCUUGGGUGUUACCGUGAGAGCCAUCCCAACCAUCACAUGGUGGAUAACUCUCCCCCACCCAGGCGUGUCAGGAAGGACAUACAUGAUCUAGAGAGGGAGGUCCAGCGCUACAAGAGAGAGCCUCUAGAUCAAGAAGCCUAUCAGGCAGGUCUGAGUGGCAUUCACACCGAUGCAGUCGCGGAUGCUAUUAGCAGUUACAAAGUGAAUGCCGUCCUCGGAGUCCACCCCCCAUCCAUUGCAGCCGAAGAACGUCAGCUGCCUAGACAAACCAGGGUAGUUUUGGCGCAAUUACGUUCAGGAUGGUGUAGUCGCCUCAAUUCGUAUUGGGCACGAAUUAAUGAAGAUGUGCGUGACGCCUGCCCGGCGUGUGAUACAGGCCCGCACAAUACGCUACACCUUUUUAAUUGCUCAGCCAAACCUACCCAACUCACUCCAGAGGAUCUCUGGCUACAGCCCGUUAAAGUAGCCGAAUUUCUAAACCUGGAGCUGGAACCAGAUUAGCAGAACACAAACACACACAUGUACUACUGCUACAACAACAACAACCGAAA